UGGGGGCGCUAGACUCCCUUGAAGGUGGGUUCACUAUCUUCCCAGCGGGGUGUGAAAGCCAGUUCAGCUCCUGAACCCCACAAUUGUUCAACAGGCUUUUGGUGCCUGACCGGUUUCAGAAGACAGAAUCUGGACGACUAGGACAUUUUCUCUCGGCGAGCUCCUCAAACCCAGGCCAUGGGCAAGUAUGAAGCAUGAACACAGAACGAUAGUCACAAGACAGUUGACCAGGAUGUCGUGGCCUACCACACUAGGUCUAAAGCCAAGAAGAAGAGGAUGUCUCUGAGGAGGAUGAGCACACCAUCCUUCCAGAAGUGGAGGAGGAGGAGGCCUUCUUCCAAGGCCCUGGGGAACAUUGUGGGCUGCAGAAUUUCUCACGGAUGGAAGGAAGGUGAUGAGCCCGUCACCCAAUGGAAGGCCAUCGUUCUAGACCAACUGCCAACAAAUCCCUCUCUCUAUCUGGUCAAGUAUGACGGAAUUGACUGUGUCUAUGGACUGGAACUUCACAGCGAUGAGAGGAUUUUAAAGCUUAAGGUCUUGCCUCACAAAGUAGUGUUUCCUCAAGUGAAAGACGCCCAUCUCGCAAGUGCCAUGGUUGGCCGAGCUGUGGAGCAUAAAUUUGAGGGCAAACAUGGCUCUAAGGACAACUGGAGGGGGGUGGUCCUAGCCCAGGUGCCGAUCAAGAAAGACUGGUUUUACAUCACCUACGAGAAAGAUCCAGCCCUUUACAUCCACCAGCUCCUGGAUGAUUACACAGAAGGUAACCUCCGUAUCAUUCCAGAGAUUCCUCCAGCAGCGGUGAAGUCAGACGUUGACAGCGACAUCUUAACAGGUCAAUGUGUGCAGUUCACCAGAGACAACGGUUCCAAAAAGAUCGGCAAAGUCAUUUACCAAGUCCCAGCUAAGCCUUCCAUGUACUUCAUCAAGUUUGAUGGCGACAUCCACAUCCACGUCUAUAAUCUGAUGGAAAAGAUCUGUUAAGAUACCCACGGGCCUUUGACAACCCCAGUAUCUUUUCCAGUGGAAUUUGUUUUUGCUCUAAAUAUUAAAAUGUGCGAUGUGA